UGACAGAUGUUCCCAUGAUGGCCUCAAAAGAUGAGCAAGAAAAACAUCACCUAGAGCAGUUGAGGCACACUCUUAACAUGACAAUCAGCAAAACUAAGUUGCUAUUGGAUGAACUAGUUGGCAUGAUGUAUGAUAAUACUUGUGAUGUCAAGUUAUUGUCACAUAAUGAAUUUCCACAAAUGGGUCCAGAGGUGAAAAACUUCCUGCUGGAAUUUAUAAGUGUCCAAAAGUCCAUACAGCAGAGGAUAGAAGAAUGUAUACACCAUUAUCUGCUAGAUGAAAGCAUCAAAAGAGAGGAGCCUUCAUCAUCAUCUGAAAACCUGGAUGAAGAUGGGAGUUGUGACUUGGUUGCUAAUUGUAAAAUUGCACCUAAACACCACUCACAUCAAGUGGAGGAAGAUUCAUUCGGUGAUGAAAUUACAAGUAAACAAACCAAACUUAUCCACAAUGAAGGUGUGAAUUAUAAUGGCCGUGGUGCUGAUAAAAUAACGGAAAUUUGUCAUCCCGGUGGCAAAGAUGAAAAUGCAUUAAGUUACCUUGUAGCAACACCUGUUUUCUUGGCUACUGAUUAUCCUAUAGAGGUUUAUAUAAGUGCAAUUGGACCCUUCAACCUGAUUUGGAUACAGAUUCCAGGCUCAGAUGUUAAUAAAAUGACUGAAUAUUUAAACCAAGUGGUAUGCAAGCAGAUCGAAGAUUGUAGGCAGCCUAUUCAGCCAGGUCAGAGAGUCGCUGCUUUCUGCAAGGGUGAUGACAACUUCUACAGAGCUGAAGUGCUGAAAUAUUUUGCUAGGGAGAAUGACGUGAAGGUGUGUUAUAUAGACUCUGGGGGCAUUGGUAUGGUGAGCAUAGAAAAUCUUCAUCCUCUACCAACUCAUAUUGCUGAAUUAUCUGAUAUGACAGUUUGCUGCACCAUAAAACAGAUUGAUGAUGAAUUUGUAUCAACACACCAAAGUGGUUCACAACCUGACUCGUGUGAAAAACUCAAGUAUUAUCACUUGGAGCCGAAUAUGCCUGUUAAAGCAAUUUUGAAAAGGAGUGAACAUUACUCAGAUGUUAAGUGGUCGGCUGAAGACUAUAUAAAAUUUCCAAGGUAUGAUAUUUGCAUAUGCAGUAAAUUUUAUGACAAUGCAGAUGACACAUUGGAUGUUCAACACACCGUCAAGAACAGUAAAGAUACUGACCAUAUCCAAUUGAAUAACCUUCCAGAAAUUAACAUGGUUGAUAACAAGCCAACAAAUAAUCAUAAAACACCUGUUAAUUCUGUUAUAUAUGAGAGUGAUACAGGGUUAGAAGAUGCUUUUACUCGCAUUAAUGGUCAGCCAGGUGGAGGUCAAACUAAGGCAGAACAAGAUACACAAGAACAAGAAUCAAACAUUACGGGAGCUGCCUCUUUAACUUUGCAAGAACAUUCAACAUAUGAUGUAGACACUUAUGGCUCACUGACUGAGAUGCCAGUGACCCAGGAAAAUCUGAACAGUCAAGUUUUAACAGUUAAAUCUGAAAGUGGAAGUGAAACAGAAAAUCAAAGUUAUGAUGAUGAUGAUGAUGAUGAUGUGAUCCCAGCAGCUGCACUUCCAUAUGUGAAACUUCCGCUGCCUCAGCUGCCAUUGAAUGGCCCAACUGAAGCAGUUGUGAUUGCUUGUGUUAUCUCUCCUACACACUUCUAUGUACAUAUCAUCAACAGUGAAACCUCAACUUUAGACAGCUUUUGUGAAACAAUGUUGGAGACAUAUAAGGAUGAAAAGGAACCGUUAAAUGUGACUGAAUUGCCAAAAGGGUCCUACUGGGCUGCUCGGUGCACAGAUGGUUUGUGGUGUAGGGUCCAGAUUGUUGCCAACAUUUUCACAUCACCUGAUGAGAGUUCACACAAGAAGUGUUCAAGAGUAAGUGCUCGCCUCAUUGACUAUGGGGAUGAAAGAGUCUUUAACAUCAAAGACAUUCGAAUCCUGCAUGAAAAUCUUACUCUGCUGCCCACUUUGGCUAUACCAUGCCGCCUUGCACAGGUAUGUCCUCCAGAUGGGUGGCAAGAUAACCCGUGGCCCAGAAGUAGCAUUGAAGCCUUCAUAGAAUUGUGUGGAGACAUUGGAUCUGUCCUGUUUGCAGACUUCCAACAACACAGUCCACCAGGACAGUAAUGAUGAUACUACUGAAGAAAUACCAAAAGAUUGGGACCCAAUGUCAGAAAUAUAUAUGAGUCAAGAAAUGUCAAACAUCUACAAUGAUGAGUGUGUAGAGACAGUGCUUUUUGGAAUGAAAAACACUGAUGAAAGACGCCUGUGCAAGUUUUAUCGCGUGGGACGAAAAUGUCCUCGGGGUGAAGCAUGUCGUUGGG